UAUUUGAAAUUGAUUUUAGAUAUCGAUGACUGCCAAGCAGAACCUUGUCAAAACAAUGGAACCUGUACAGACCUGGUCAACGACUACCAAUGUGUUUGUAUUGCAGGAUUCAAUGGGACAAAUUGUGAAAACAAUAUUGACGAGUGUUCCCAAGGUCCUUGUCAAAACAACGGAUCUUGUACAGACCAGGUCAACGACUACUAUUGCGAUUGUGUUCCUGGAUUCAACGGAACAAAUUGUGAAAACAUGAUCAAUGAGUGCUUGCCAGGUAUUUGUCUAAACAACGGAACUUGUACAGACCUUGUGAAUGACUACCAGUGCGACUGCGUUUCUGGAUUUAAUGGAACAAAUUGUGAAAAUAAUUCCGUUAACGGCAUCCUGUCAUAUAUCGUCGAGUGUAAAACACAGUCAUGUCAAAACAGAGGACCUUGUAAAGAUCUGAUUAAUGAUUAUGAAUGUAAUUGCAUAAACGGGUUUGAUGGAACAAAUUGCUCAAAUUAUAUUGAUGACUGCUCACCGGAUCCCUGUCAAAACAACGGAACCUGUACAGACCUGGUCAACGACUACCACUGCGAUUGUGUUCCUGGAUUUAAUGGGACAAACUGUGAAAACGAUAUCGAUGACUGCCAAGCAGAACCUUGUCAAAACAAUGGAACCUGUACAGACCUGGUCAACGACUACCAAUGUGUUUGUAUUGCAGGAUUCAAUGGGACAAAUUGUGAAAACAGUAAGCGCUAUGAUUACGCACUCCAUUUUUGUGUGUGGGAAUAA